UGAUGACUGCAAUGCUGUGUCAGGAUUCAGGGGCACGUGCAGCUUCUUUUCAGGUAGCUGCGGUUUCUUCUCCAAAGUAAACUGUUUCAUUUCUGAAGACCACAAGUGCAGAAAAGAUCCGUCGGACUCCAGUUCAAACUUUGAACCAGGAAAACUUCACCAACUAAUGACAACAAUGGACACAGAGGAUGGGAAUGACGAGCGACUUUUCAUGGAUGGCACCAAGCGUCGACGUUCAGUUUAUGCAUUGAAAAACAGUCCUUUCAGGGCUGCUACGCUCUACCUUGUAUUGCUGUGUGUUGUCCCGGUGACUGGGCACCUCGGUCAAUCAGACCAUGAAAAUUUGCAGGCCACAGACGCAACACUCAGCAAAUCCACGGAUAAAUUACUGGCCUCCUACAAUUCCACCGUUGAAGACAAACAAGAACUUGAAAAGACGUUGAGAAACGUGACUGCAGACAGAGACCUGCAGAGAAUAGUCAUCACCAACCUGACUGCUGAGGUGGAACAGCUGAGGGCGGCCAUCACCGUACUGAACGCAACUAAAGUUAAGACUUGUCCCAGUAACUGGAAGAAGUUUGAGACCAGCUGCUAUUAUUCUUCGUCUUUGGCCAAGAAGACCUGGUACCUGAGUAGAAACUACUGUCAAGGAAACGGAGCUGACCUGGUCAUCAUAAACAGCAAAGAGGAAAUGGAAUUUGUGAAUGGCUUGUUUACAAAUAACAAGGAGGUCUGGAUGGGACUGACUGAUGAGGGAGUGGAGGGCCAAUGGAAGUGGGUGGAUGGGACCUCUCUGACCACAGCGUAUUGGGCAGAUAGCCAGCCCAACAGUUAUAACGGCAACCAAGACUGCGCAGAGUUUUGGCACCGCUCAUCAGGAAAAGCCGAAUGGAACGAUGAAAAAUGUAGUUCACAUAGAUACUGGGUGUGUGAGAUGUAGCUCUGUAAGCUAGGGCAACAUACAAUACACUUGAUAAAAUAAAGAUAUUGUUUUUUCCCCACCAUAUUUCUGCAUGCCAGGGGUGGGCAAACUACGGCCCGGCGGCCCGCCAGUUGCUUUCUAAGUAUUUCAACUUUUAACAUACAAACUUUUACAGAUAAAAUUAGACAAAUAAUUCAAGGAAAAUUAUAAGCAUAAAAUAAUGUGUGUGUUAAAUAUAUGUUCUACUCCACCCCCCCACCCCCAAACAAUUUUGUUAACUCAAUAUGGCCCGCAAAUCAAAAUAUUAGCCCACCCCUGCUGCAUGCUAACUAUUAUAUCAGACGCAUAGGAUACAAUUUCUGGCCUGCUAGUCUGACACGAUAACCCCAGGAUUCUAAGAGGUAUUUACGACCGGAAAACACAACUUGGGAAGGAAAAACCAAAAAGGAAGAUAAGAUGACUUCAUAAGAGAGCAAGGAAAUAAGACGAGAAAGGAGCCGCAGUGCCACCUGAUGGCUCCCUUCCCAAAAUGGCCGCCCAAAAGAGUAUAAAUUUGCUUCACCCAAUCACACUGUAAAAUAAACUGACCACAACAAUUUUUAAAUAAAUAAAUGUUGACUCUUUUUACAUUCAUGUCUGAUGUACUUGAGCUACAAGACGUCUUUGUUGGAAAAUAAUUGAAAUUACACCAUAAGAGAUGCUCAUGCUAGACGUAUAGCAAGCUACUGAGUUAGCAACUAGUUAGCCUCCGAUUGAUUUAUUGAUUUAUUUAACAUAUAUUUGUGUUCAAUAAAUGUGUGAGGCAUAAUUAGAUGUUAAACCUGGAUUGUGUAGCGAGUGAAUAAUCACCACAAAAAUAUUUGUGCACGUGGAUUUGUAUCUGUCUGUCAUUUCGCCCUCGCUAACAGGUAGGCAGCUAGCUGAGUUUGAUGCUGCUGCUGUGUGGGGGCAGCUAGCUGACAUUGACACUAUGUUCCUCUGAAAGAUCAAAUAAAUACUCUGUUUUGUUAAUAUAGCUACACAACACGUGUCUGGACCAUAAUUAGCAAUAUAAAGCAACUCUUCAUUGAAAAGCCCCAUCCCAUGACAAUUUAGGAGGUAAAUAAGAGAUUAUAUCAGAGCUGUCAAAUGAUUACAAAUUCCAAAAAUACGUUAAAUAAAAAAUGUAUCGCAUAAUCCAAAUAGCAAUUACAGGAUUAAAAUCUAUGGUGGUGGAAUGUUUGACAGUGUGUGUUCAUGCUGUCCUUAAAUGUGUCACCUGCUGAUGAAUAAUUCUAAUGUGUUAAUAUGGGCGACAGAAUACAAACGUAGAAAAAAAGAACACUUAAGCACCAACUGCAUUCUGCACAUGCCGUUCACAAGCUUUUCAACUUAAAAACGUAUGCUUGCCUGUAGUGCCCCCUGCUGGUAGAUCUAAAGAAGUGGGUGAUGACUGCAAUGCUGUGUCAGGAUUCAGGGGCACGUGCAGCUUCUUUUCAGGUCAGGUACUUCCGGGUAGAUUACUUCUUUCCUAGGCGCCUUACUAACGUACUCCGCAAUAUUUCCAGGGCUUUCACACCCAAAUAUUGCGGAGCCAAAGCUUCUUAGAGAAGACAGAGGUGGAUGUCUUUGCUGGAAAUAAAUGUUCACAUUUUUUAUUGAAUUGUACAACGCAGCGGCAACGUACACUUCGACGUUUUUACCUUAGUUAACGUGGCGAACGGUGAACACACGUUUAACAUCCUGUUGGGUGCUCUUCAUUAUAAGGUAGCUGCGGUUUCUUCUCCAAAGUAAACUGUUUCAUUUCUGAAGACCACAAGUGCAGAAAAGAUCCGUCGGACUCCAGUUCAAACUUUGAACCAGGAAAACUUCACCAACUAAGUAACUCUUUUUUUUUUCAUAAAAUUGUCUCAAGUAGUGUGACAACAAUGGACACAGAGGAUGGGAAUGACGAGCGACUUUUCAUGGAUGGCACCAAGCGUCGACGUUCAGUUUAUGCAUUGAAAAACAGUCCUUUCAGGGCUGCUACGCUCUACCUUGUAUUGCUGUGUGUUGUCCCGGUGACUGGG